UGAGCGGCAACAUGUGGUGGCGUGUAGUACUGCUUUUGGUCUGUUAUUUGAGCCUAGAUAUGGCUCAAGGACUACUUGACUACUUCCAUCUAAAUUCAUAUCAUACGGCAUGUGGUCCAAACGAAUAUUUUGAACGUUGUACACACAAUUGUCCACCAGAAGCGACCUGUGAAUCUCGCAAAAUUGGUAUAGUUUGUCUAGUUAAAGAAACACCCUGUAUUCCAAAAUGUAUUUGCAAAGAGGGCUACUAUAGAAAAACUAUUGGUGGCCACUGUAUAUCCGAAGAAGAAUGUGGUCCAGCUUGUGGUGAAGGCGAGGAGUACAAGGACUGCACAAACCCUUGUAUCGAUGAGAGCUGUGACGCAAUGGGAAGUUUGAAACCGAACUGCACCAGCCCUGAGCCCUGCGUUCCAGGAUGUGCUUGCAAAGAAGGAUUCUACAAGCUCUUCAACACGUUAUGUGUUCCCAAAUGCUACUGUAGCCUACCACGGGCUCUACCCGAUUGCAGAAACUAAUCAAAUAUAUAAAGAAAAUCAAGUUUCAAUUU